CAGAUGGGAAGAAGGUGAUGCCAUGGAGAGUGGAAAGCCUGGUCCAGUGCAAGUUGUUUUGGUUCAGAAAGACCAGCAUUCCUUUGAGUUAGAAGAGAAAGCCUUGGCCAGCAUCCUCCUGCAGGACCACAUUCGAGACCUUGAUGUGGUGGUGGUGUCAGUGGCUGGAGCCUUCCGAAAGGGCAAGUCUUUCCUUCUGGACUUUUUGCUCCGGUACUUGUAUUUCCAGAAAGAAGGUGGCCAUUCAAAUUGGUUAGGUGAUUCAGAAGAACCGUUAACAGGAUUUUCAUGGAGAGGGGGCUCUGACCCAGACACUAAUGGGAUUCAGAUCUGGAAUGAAGUUUUCACUGUGGAAAAGCCAGAUGGGAAGAAGGUUGCAGUUGUUUUGAUGGAUACCCAGGGGGCAUUUGACAGCCAGUCCACUGUGAAAGAUUGUGCUACCAUCUUUGCUCUAAGCACCAUGACUAGUUCUGUUCAGAUUUAUAAUUUGUCUCAGAACAUUCAGGAAGAUGAUCUUCAACAGCUACAGCUCUUCACAGAAUAUGGUCGUCUGGCAAUGGAUGAAAUUUUCCAAAAACCCUUCCAGACACUGAUGUUUUUGGUUCGAGACUGGAGUUUCCCUUAUGAAUACAGCUAUGGACUACAGGGAGGAAUGUCAUUUUUGGAUAAGCGUCUACAGGUGAAAGAACAUCAGCAUGAAGAAAUUCAGAAUGUCCGAAAUCACAUUCACUCAUGUUUCUCGAGCGUCUCCUGUUUUCUUCUGCCACAUCCAGGACUCCAGGUGGCCACAAGCCCUGAGUUUGAUGGGAAAUUGAAAGAUAUUGCCAGUGAAUUCAAAGAGCAGUUACAGAUACUGAUUCCGUAUAUAUUAAACCCAGCGAACUUAAUGGAAAAGGAGAUCAAUGGCUCAAAAGUCACCUGUCGGGGGCUAUUGGAGUAUUUUAAGGCAUAUAUUAAAAUUUACCAAGGAGAAGAUCUGCCUCACCCCAAAUCCAUGCUUCAGGCCACUGCUGAAGCCAACAAUUUAGCAGCUGCGGCCUCUGCCAAGGACAUUUAUUACAACAACAUGGAAGAGGUGUGUGGGGGAGAGAAACCUUAUUUGUCUCCAGACAUUCUAGAGGAGAAGCACUGUGAAUUCAGACAACUUGCUCUGGACCAUUUUAAGAAGACCAAGAAGAUGGGUGGGAAGGAUUUUAGCCUUCGCUACCAGCAGGAGCUGGAGGAGGAAAUCAAAGAACUCUAUGAGAACUUCUGCAAGCACAACGGUAGCAAGAACAUCUUCAGCACUUUCCGAACCCCCGCGGUGCUCUUCACGGGCAUCGUGGCUUUGUACAUAGCCUCGGGCCUCACUGGCUUCAUUGGUCUGGAGGUUGUGGCCCAGCUGUUCAACUGUAUAGUUGGACUGCUGUUAAUAGCGCUUCUCACUUGGGGGUACAUCAGGUACUCUGGUCAGUAUCGUGAGCUGGGCGGAGCUAUCGAUUCUGGAGCAGCAUAUGUACUAGAGCAGGCUUCUUCUCACAUUGGUAAUUCCACUCAGGCUGCUGUGAGGGAUGCAAUUGUUGGGAGACAACCUAUGGAUAAAAAAGCUCAAUAGCAUCUUAACAAGAGGAUCCAACAAGAACCCAACCAGCCCCUUCUGAUUUCUGCAUUUCUGCUGUAGCCACAGGUACAGGUCCAGAGGAAUGUAGCUUUGGGACCACCCAGGAAGAGCUGAAACAUGGCACCAAUAAAGGAAUAGACCUUUCCUGUGGUUUCAAACUCUUAAACACA